GAGGCGGAUGUAACCUCCAUGCAAAUGAAGCCACGCCACCCCGCCGCCUGGAGAUCAAUAGAGAUCUGAGAGAGAAAGGAGCAUGCAUUCAGGCUCGGCAAGCUCAAGGAAAACCUGCCAAGGCACGCCAAAAAUAUCCCCCCAAACUGGUCCCCCCCAAGCCAGGCGAGGAUGAGCAACAAAGACGACCCGAGCAAGUGUUGUCCCGCAGCAGCUCCGAUCUCCAGUUUUACCAUCCAGUCCAUCUUAGGCAGCAGCAGCACCUCGGAAGGAGGCAGGGAGCCCACUUCUAAGCAGGCAGCCUCCGCCUGGCAGAGCAGGAAGAGGAGCCUGUCGGUGUCCUCAGAAGAAGAGGAGCCGGAGGAGAGCUGGAAACAUCCCGCUUGCUUCUGUCCCGAUUCGCACGGCCCCAAAGAAACGUGCCACAAACACCAGCCUAUCAGUUUCACUUGUCUCAGCAACCCGAAGGGCAACGGUGCCGCGAUCGGCUGCGAGAGGACGCCGCCUUUUCUCUCUCAGUCCCAGCAAGACUUGAAGGAAGAGAAAGAGAAACAUUUCCCUCCCAACUCUCCAACUUCGGGGGACAGACAAAGGGACGGAGCCGACAGACAGGCCAGCUCGGCCAAAAAGAAGACGCGCACGGUUUUCUCCCGGAGCCAGGUCUACCAGCUGGAAUCCACCUUCGACAUGAAGCGCUACCUGAGCAGUUCCGAGCGGGCCUGCCUGGCCUCCAGUUUGCAGCUGACAGAGACCCAGGUGAAAACCUGGUUUCAGAACCGCAGGAACAAAUGGAAACGGCAGCUCUCGGCGGAACUAGAGGCUGCCAACAUGGCCCACGCCUCAGCCCAGACUUUGGUGGGGAUGCCCCUGGUCUUCAGAGACAAUUCCCUCCUCAGAGUGCCGGUGCCCAGAUCCAUCGCCUUCCCAGCUCCCUUGUACUACCCGGGCAGCAACCUGUCAGCCUUACCUCUUUAUAAUCUCUACAACAAGAUCGACUAUUGAAUGUACUUGCCCAGAGCCGCGGCAGCUGACCCCCGCCUCACUGUAUAGCCGUCAACCUGACCUUUUCUUAACCCGCCCGUCUGUUAUUCAUAGGAAAGGAGAGAUGUGCUUCUUGCAUUGUUAAGAAAUACACCAUGUGUAUUUAUUAUUAUUAUUUAUGGGAAUCCUGUCUGGGUCGGUUUCGUUUGGCUUCUUUUCCAGGUUGGCACAGAGUGUGUUAUCCCCUCCCUCUGGUUUUGUCUUCAGUCCUUCCAGACAUAACUGACUUUCUGACCCUGAACAGGACUAAGCAAACCCUUAUAUUUAAAUAGCCGCGGGAGUCUGCGCGCGCAGUUAGGAAAUUCCAAGGGCGCUUUUGAACAGUCUGCCAUUUUUUUUUUUAAAUAACCUUUCCCCUCCUUUCCACGGUUAUUUUUCGCCCUAAGUAUUAUAUCUACGGGAAAUAAAAUUUAAAAGAAAGCAUAUUUCAGAUCUGUACAUAUUUUUAAAGAAAAAUAAAGCAUUUUAAACACCG